AUGAGAUCUAUUAGAUGUGAUAAAAGGCCCAGAGAUGAAGCAGUCGAAAUGGUCAAUGAUCCCCCAAAAUUUAUGAUCACGGAUAAAACCCCACCACUACUCAUGGCUUGGUGGAAUGAUAUGCAUCAGUUUAGGAGAACUGAAAUAUUCAAACAUCUUGGUUUUCUCACAGACAUCAUGAGGUUUAGUCCUGACAGAGGUUUGAUCGAGGCUUUGAUUGCAUUUUGGGAUUCUACAAACAAUGUUUUUUUAUUUAGCAAUUUUGAGUUAACGCCCACGUUGGAGGAAUUGGGUGGUUUCACAGGGUUAGGCAGGGAUCUCCGAAGUAAAACACUCAUAGCCCCAAGGAGCGUCCACAAAAACAAAAUUUUGGAACAAAUGCACAUCAUCCACCCUCAUGUGGAGAGUUUCAAUAAUGGAUUUGUUUCCUUGGAAUUUCUAUACUCAAGAUAUGGAAGGAAAGAAGGAUUUGAAGACUAUGGGAAACAACUUAAGAAUGGGCAACACCUGCCUACCUGGGAAAAGCAUAGACAAGAAGCAUUCAUGGUGGCAUUUUUAGGAACCAUUGUUUUUCCGAUGAAAAAGAAAUCCACUAUAUUAUCGAUGAUAUUGGCUGAUAUUUAUCGCGCUUUGACCAAGUGUAGAGAAGGGGAAGACUUUUUUGAAGGUUGUAGCAUGUUAUUGCAAAUGCCUUCGAGGAUUCCAAUGAUAGAUACCCCUUCGGGUGCUACGCCAUCUAGGACAACGACAAAUCCUACCUAA